AUGAUAGUCAUUAUCAUGGUUCGGUCAAGCUGUUUAUUGUUACUAGUUGCCCUUCUUGCAACUGUCUAUUCGAAAGACUACUUUGUGGAAAAAUUCGAAGACGAAAGUUAUAAAAGUCGAUGGGUCCAAUCAACGGCUAAGCCAGAUUUAGGUGAAUUUAAAUUAAGUCAUGGUAAAUUCUAUGGUGAUGCUAAAAAAGAUCUUGGCCUUCAAACCUCCCAAGAUGCGCGAUUCUACGGUAUUUCAGCUAAAUUUGAUUCAUUCUCCAAUGAAGGCAAAACACUUGUCAUUCAAUUUACUGUCAAACACGAACAAAAAAUUGAUUGUGGUGGUGGCUACGCUAAAAUCUAUCCAGGAGAUGUUGACCAAACAGGUCUUACCGGUGAUUCAGUGUACAACAUUAUGUUCGGACCUGAUAUUUGCGGUUACAGCACCAAGAAAGUCCAUGUUAUUUUCACCUACAAAGGAAAAAAUCUCUUGAUCAAGAAAGAUAUCAAAUGCAAAGAUGACGAACUCACCCAUCUUUACACAUUGAUUCUCAACCCAGACAACACCUAUGAAGUUC